GCCUCUGAGGUUUUGUUAUGUUUGACGUGCCGUGAAGUCUGAAGCUGUGUCGGCAUACAAAAGUAAGAAGUUGGAAAUUAAAUGGUCAAAGAAUGACUUUUCACUUAAGCACGAAGGAACGUUUGCUUUUGCUCAUUGAUGAUAUAGAAUUAGUAGCAAAAGAACUCAUCGAAAAUACAAUUGCACCCAAACAUCAAAAGAUUUCAACAACGGAACAUGCUGCACUCGUGGAUUUAUUGGUGUCCAAGGAUGAAGAGUUUCGCAAGAUGUUGGAAUUAGCAGAUGAGCAAGCCAAAAUAGAGCAAGAAAUGGAUCAAAUAAGAGCAGAAGUAGAAGUGCAUGAUCGUGAGAUACAAAAGUUACAAAAAUCACUUAAAGAAGCUGAAUUUAUUCUAUCGACGGCAUUAUUUCAAGCUCGACAAAAAUUAGCCAGCAUAAAUCAAGCAAACAAAAGGCCUGUAUCUUCCGAGGAAUUGAUAAAGUACGCUCAUCGCAUAAGUUCGGCCAAUGCAGUUAGUGCGCCACUUACUUGGUGUAUUGGUGAUAUGCGUCGACCUUAUCCAACGGAUCUUGAGAUGCGUAAUGGUUUUUUGGGAAAAUCAGAUUUAAAUAUAAAUGGUGGCAUUGUAGCACAUCAGAAUAAUAUAUCCGAUCCAAAUCGCAAUAUGGCAGAAGUGCCCAAUGCAUUUCAAAAUCAAUUUAAUUGGAAUAAUUUGGGUGAGUUGCAUAUGUCAAUGGGUUCCAGCGGUAACUCAGUUGCAUUGGAAACACGUUCUCAUAAAGAGGCAUCACAAGAUGAUGUUGAGGUGAUGUCAACUGAUAGCUCCAGUUCGAGUUCCAGUGACUCGCAAUAAUAGAUUUUUGUUUUAUUUUAUUAUUUAUCUGAAAAAUAGUAAUAUUUCUCAUAUUAG